UUACCAUUCCUUUUUGAUAUGAUAUCCUAAAAAAAAAGAUGACUGUAGAGUGUCCUGCUGCUUGGCACUGGCAGCGCCAUCACAGGGUAAAUGAAGCAUUUCAGGUCUCCCAUUGCAAUCGAUACAGAGACUUGUCCGGUCCUCCUGUCCAGUCUUAAUCUUUCCGUGAUAACACAUUUUGAUGAUUCAGCGCCCCUAGGUAUACUCUUCGGGAGUAUGGACCAAGGAAAGUGGGGAAAGACUGUCAUAGUUCUGGUGCUGGUGUAUUACUUAACAGAAAGUGAAACUGCAGGUGUCUACCAUCUUUGUGGCAUCCACCUUGUGGACGCACUAUUGCUGGUUUGCGAGGGAAAAGGAAUUUAUUACAGAAACUUUAAAGGUCCAGUUCACAGUCAAUCACAUCGGUUUGUAGAACGAAACAAGAAGAAGUUUGGAAUAGUAGAGAAGUGUUGCCAUCAAUCUUGUACACUCUAUGACCUCCAAACCUACUGCAAGACUUGAGAGCACUUUGGAAGGACUACCACAUGAAAUGAUGGUGGAAUGGACUAUGUCUAUAACAAACACACUGACACUGGCAAAUAAAGGAGUUCAGGA